AUGACAACGCAUAAAUGUAUCUGCAAGACCUGUGGACGUGGUAUCACCUUCUCAGAUGCAAGCGUUCAAACUGAAAUGCUUUCUGAGAUGCAAAGCUUCGUCGAUUUUACAGAAAAAAUGUGCGUUCCAGGAGCACCUUUCAAAAAAAGUGCUGUAACUUAAGUUAUAAGGCUAUAAUAGGAUAGGCCACUGCCUGCCUAUCUGGCGUAUGCCCACCUAACCUAAGGAUUAGCUUCCUAGGUUAGAGUUCCCUCUUGCGGAUGCACAGUUAGUCCCGAUUAGCAAAGACUAAGUGGGAGGCAAAACCUGCCUAUAGAUUGGCAGGGACAUGGAAAACCUUCAUGAGAAAUAGGUCUUCCUCUUCGAAAGGUAUCUCAAACCAUUAGGCCUACUUCAAGAAGUGAUAGAGAUAUUAUUUUCAGCUUCAUCGGGACGGGUUCUACCUUCGCCAUAGGGAGUGUGUCUCGAAGUCCAUCUUCAGUCGAUGCCACCAUUUUAUUUCCAAAGUUCUGUAAGGAAUCAAAUAAUGAUGGUCAGACCAAGACGGCUUAAAGGAGAUUCCGGUAAAGAAGUGGAAGAGCCAUCAUCUAUGAUAAACUCAGAAAUUUCAGAAAAGACACAGAAACCUAUUUUUCUCAGCCCGAAUGAUCAUUUCAAAAUCGAAAUCAACAAGCAAAGUGAGGAUUCUUCAAGCGCAAAAGACCUCGAUUUAAUGAUGACUGGACUGAAAGAGUCAUUAACAAGCACAGCACAAACUGAAAAAUAUAUAGAAAACAAUGUGAAAUUUAACAUCCCAAGCAGUAAAAAUAAAGAACGCAGGAAGAGCUCUAAGCCCAGCCAGGGGAUAACUCCUAUUAAUACUUUAGCAAAGUCUCAAGCUCUCCCUUUAUGCAAAAUACUCGGAGGAAAAUUCGAUCCUAUAUCGGUGCCAAUUAAAUGCACAACGCCAAUGGUCAGUUUAAAAAGCGAAAAAACGUCCAAAAAGAACGCUAAAUCAAAUAAAAAACACCGGAAAAACUGAAAAUUAAAGGAAAACGCAAGCACAAGCAAAGAGCUGUCAGAUGAAAGCACUAAUCAGCUAUCACAAAACUAUGGGCUGAUUUUUGAUAAGCAUACAAAUUUGGAUCCAAAUGGCAGAGAAACGUUUAAACAUCUUGUGAAGUUGGAGAAGCUUGGAUUGAAGGAACAAUUUUCAACGAAAAACUUCAAAUACGCGGAAAGAAAGAAGAUUGAGACAGAAGAGUCUGCAAGUAUUGAUUUGAGCAAUAGCUUGAACAUGGAUCAAAUUCAAGAGUUUUUAGAGAAUUAA